AUGAAAAAUAGUCGUCGCCGCGCAUGUUUGCCUCACGAUUUAGUUGAGGAAGUAAAGUCACCCCAAACCUCGACUUCGAUACUUUUCCCAACCAUCCGGAGCCUUCAGCCGAAUAGGUCCUAUAAACCCAUCUAUUCCAGCUUUCACAAACUCUCUGAGGCAAACCAAGAGAAUUUAUCGCACACAAUAACCGGCAAACCUUGCCUCGACGAUUCUGUCAAGAACACGGAGAUGGGCGAUAAAUUGCCCGUUCUCCCCAAAGUACGAAACUUAAUCCUGUCGAACACCAAACUCACGGCCAUUGCAAAUUUAGAGGCCGCGCAGCGGGGUGACAUCGAGGCCGAGGAAACGAAGCGGCGGGAGGGGUGUCUUCAAUCCCGCCUUUGCGAGGCCGGCGGGGCCGCCCCCGACCUCCAUUCCAAAUCCUCCUGGGCCUCCGACUGCGCGCAUAUGCAGGCGAUCCUGGACGGCCAGCGCUAUUCGCACGCCUACUUGAGUCUCUCCGCGUUGAUGGUGGAAAAUAAGGAUCGACGAGGGCGGUUAGUGGUGUUGACUGCCAUGCGUGCGUUUUGUAGUUAUCAGAUGUAUAAUUAUACGGAGUGCGCGGACGAUAGUCAGAUGGGUUUGAAAUUGCUCAUGGACGUUUGCCCCGGCGAGGAGGUGGGGUAUAACCCCGAGGAGGAACCUUUGGUAUCCGUAUGGUUAAAUGCACGAUUUGUGUUCCUCUGGACUCGCUCCCUUCUUCUUUCGGAGGCGUAUAAUGAGGCUGAGAUGGUUUACAAUUUUAUAUUUUCUCAAGCAACAGAUAGUCAAACAGUUUCUGGAUAUAAUAUUUUCAAUCUCACAGAGGAUGAUCUAUCGUUGCUGCGGGCAGAGCAGGACUGCCUACCACAGAUUUGCAGCUUUAGGCAAUAUGUACAUAUCAAGGAAUGGUCGAACGCAUUAGCGGUUAUGAAAUCUAAAGUUCUUCUCGAAUUCAUAGAAGCAACCUCCUUACGAUUUUAUGAGGCAGUUGUAUUAUUUGAAAAUGGUUUGCUCGACGCAGCUCGGGAGGUGUUGUUAGUGUAUUUAGCGCAAAUCCCAUUUCAUGGUCCCCCUUCUUCUCCUUCAGACAAUUUGGAAUAUUGUUGUCAGGAGGAAAAACAGCUACACUAUUAUAUCAAAGAAGCCUAUCUAAAUGCGAACUUAUUCCUUUCAAAAGUAGGUUUGUAUUGUGGGAGAGAAUACAUGAAUAUUGCUGCUGUAUUGAUUCAGCGGUGCUUAGCAGUAAAUCCUAUUUUUACCCCAGCCAUACAUUUUGGCUGCCAUCUGGUAGCACUUGAGGAUUUCAUUUCUAAGGCGGAAUCAGAGAUUGAGGAGGGUCGAUUUCAGAGUGCGGUUAAACUCAUAACGGAUGCACUCGCGAUGGAUAAUAAAAAUAAUCGCAUCAAUGCCUUUUUAUUUAUAAUGCGAGCGGAAGCGUAUCUAAAGCUUUGCCGUCCUUUACAGGCAAUUGAAGACUGCACAAAGAGCAUUAUGCUUGAUGCGACCCACGCAAAGACGUAUUUAGUGCGAUCCAUAGCAUUUCAGCGUACUCAAAAGACAGCCGAGGCGGCGGCGGAUAGAUGUAUGGCGGUCCAACUUAAUUCAUCGUAUCGUGAUUUUCCUGAGGCCACCGAUCCGAAUUUAAGUAAUUCACAAUCCACCUCUACUAAUAAAGGAUUCGGAUCGAACUAUGAAUAUGUCUCAGAUAAAAAACCUGAGAUCGCCAAAGCUACCUUCUAUGAUAUACUGGGAGUGCGGCCAUGCGCCACUUUGGAAGAUAUUCGCCAGGCCUUUAAAUACCUUACAUUACGAUACCAUCCUGACAAAGUGGUGAAUGAACCUGAGGCUUUCCAGCGAUUUGCUGUUGAUCGCUUCAAGGAACUUAACCAAGCCCACAGUGUGCUGAUGGAUCCGGAGAAGCGAUUAGCCUAUGAUUCGACCUUGAGGACUGUGUAA